GCUCACAAUAUUUCCCUCUUUGCUUAUGUGGCAUCCCCAACUCAACUAUCACUUCUCUAAAUACCUUCCAACUGCUCCUUCUUUUUCUUCCAUCUUCUUACAGCAAUAAUUUAAGAUACAGUGUCAGAAUGUCUGAAGCCAUUAAGCUCUUCGGUAAGACCAUUCUAUUACCACUUUGUCACCAUCAUCUUGGAGACUUGUCUAGCUCUGAUGAGUAUGAGUCUUCAAUGGAACAACCAACUGAAGAAAUGAUUAAGGGAUUUGUAGCAGAAGAAAUAGCAGAUGAUGAACAAGAAGAUAGCAGUUCGAAUCAGGAAUCUGACGACUCAAAAGAUCCGACAACAACAAUAACAGAAGUUAAUAAAGCUUCAUCAGAUGACAGAGAAUCUUCACCAUCUAAAGAAAGCGAGACAAGCAAUUCACAAGAGAAAACCCUGAAAAAACCUGACAAAAUACUCCCUUGCCCUCGAUGUAAUAGCAUGGACACAAAAUUCUGUUAUUACAACAACUAUAACGUCAGCCAGCCGCGCCAUUUCUGUAAGAAAUGUCAAAGAUACUGGACUGCUGGGGGAACUAUGAGGAAUGUGCCUGUUGGGGCCGGAAGGCGAAAGAAUAAAAGCUCAUCUGCAUCGCAUUACCGUCACAUAAUUGUAUCAGAAGCUCUACGAACAGCUCAAGCACAUGGUGUUUACAACCCUUGUUUAGGAAGUAGCAGUACUGUUCUUAGCUUUGGUUCAGAUUCUGCUAUGUGUGAAUCUGUAGCUUCUGCGCGGAAUCAUUUAGAGAAAGAAGAGAAAAUUUUUGAUAACGGAGAUGAUCAAUUAAGCGGAGAUUCUGUUACGGGUUCAAAUAACUUGGUUUCACAAGAAACAGGAAUUAGUCCAGAGUUUGUAGGGCCAGCUUGGCAAUUUCCAUGGAAUUCAGGAAUGCCAAGUUUUCACCCUUCAGGAUUUCCGGUAUCAUUUUAUCCGACAUCAGGCUACUGGUGUUCUCCUGUUACGAAUCCAUGGAGUGUAUCUCCGCGACAAUCUAAUUCUCCUGCAGAAUUAGAAGAGCAGAGAAAUGUUUUGGUUCCAAAAACUUUAAGAAUUGAUGACCCAACCGAAGCUGCUAAAAGCUCCAUAUGGGCAGCUCUUGGGAUCAAGAAUGAAAAAUCAAAGUUCAAAGGAGGAUUCUUUACGGGCUUUAAUUUGAAGAACGACGAGAUAAAUUGUAUAGCUGAGAAACAAACUUCAGUCUUGCAAGCCAAUCCGGCUGCCUUGUCGCGGUCUCUCAACUUCCUUGAGAGCACCUAAUUACAGUUUUUUUUUUUGCUUCGUUUGUGUUCUUUUAUUUAUUUAAUCUUCUUCUAAGUUUUAUGCACAUAUAAUAUAAAUACUUUGCAGCUUGAAAGAAUAGGGAAUUUUGGGUACUGUUGUAAUUUAAAAUGUUGCAAAAAAAGAAGUGGCAAAUCCUAGUUCAACAA